AUGUUAGUUGUGCAGAAUUAUCAUCAUGUGUCACAACACAGCCUAAUGAAAAUUAUGAGAACCCUACUGGAGAAAAUUCUAAAAACAUUACCUUGCAAACCAAAAAAAAUAAGGAAAAUUGAUAACAGUCUCGAUAAUCCAGUCGAAGCAUUGAAAUUUGUUUGCACCCAAAAAUCAGAAGUAAAUGAAUUUAGUAUAUUGGGACAACAAAUUGCUGCUCAAUUACAAAAACUACCUUUACAAGAAUCACUCAAGAUACAAGUUGACAUACAAAAUAUGUUAACUACUGCCCGUCUACGUAUUAUGAACAAUACUCAAUACAAUAACAAUACAAUAACAAUACUAAUAGCAAUAAUAUGA